AUGGCCGUCAACGAUGCCGCCGCACUGGACACCGAACCAAACCGCAGGCGCUGUCUGCAGCCAUCCCACCUCUCACCCAGACUCAUGCCCGACGCGGCACCACAGAGAGGGACGUCUCCGCCUCACCCUCGCAGCUGCGCCAAGUGCCUGAGAUCGGUCCUGUGCUCUCGGUGCAUCACCGCGGCCGAAACAGUUGAGGUUGGUGGUGAUGGUGGUGGAUGCUCUCACGGAAGCCUAGAGUGUGAUGCCCUGGUGCGUCUGUCGGCUUUGCAACGCGAGCAACCGGACCUGGCCAGCUCUCUACUGGGUGGCAGCACGGUUUACCUCAGGUGGGCGACCCUCUUGGCUUGGCUCACCUUCGGCCCUGAUACCGCCGAUGCGCGCGAGGCCUCACCAGAGUGCCCACUUCUGUCCGACAUCAUGGUGGGUAUACCGAGCGGCGUCUACUAAUUUUUUCAUGUACACGACUUAUGUCUAUAUUUCGACCCACUUUUGUCCGAAUUGUACCCACUUGUGUCCACUUACGGACGGCGGAAAUCGAGCGGAAUCGACGUUCACGUCACCGCACGGCAGAGAAUCGAAUAGCCUCGGAACGUCUCAGAACCUCCCAAAACCGUGUCCACGGCAUUUUUCGUAUCCAUGGCUGCCGACUGACUGCCGGCCGACCGCGGAGGAACAUGUCAGAAACAUGCCAGACCCCUUCGGUAGCGGCAUGGGAGGAUACCAGGCACGGGAAGAUUCCCGCGGCAAACCCGGCAAGUAGCGC